CUCUCUCGCUGGGCCAUGAGGUCUCUCUUCUCCAAGCACGGCCGCCACCCGGCCACGCCGCCGCCGCCCUCGCUCUCCGGCGGCCGGCGGGACACGCCCCCGUCGCGGCGCCGCGUCCCCAAGGAGAACGUCGACCCGGGGUCGUCCCCCGCGGGGCACUCCCCCUUCCGCUCCCCGACCUCCUCCGCCAAGCCGCUCGGGAACCGCAACCGGGGCCUCCUCCCCCCGCGGCCCCCCUCCUCGAACCCGCUCAAGCGGAAGCUCGACGUCUCCCCCGCCGCCGCCGCCGACUCCAGCGGCGGUGCCGCUGCUGCUGCCGCCGCUGCUGGCGGCGGAUGCCCCGCGCCCGACUCCGGAGUCCAGGUGGUGGUGAGGAUACGGCCGCCGUGCCGGGUGGAGGAGGAGGAGGACGCGCGGGCGCCGGACUUGUGCGUUCGCAAGACGGCGACCAACUCGGUCGCGAUCCAGGGGCAGGACUUCACGUUCGACGCGGUCGCCGACGAGGUGUCCACGCAGGAGGAUAUCUUCAAGCUUGUCGGGCUGCCACUUGUUGAAAAUUGCUUAUCUGGGUUCAACAGCUCAAUAUUUGCCUAUGGCCAGACUGGCAGUGGGAAAACCUACACAAUGUGGGGCCCUUUGUCAGCACUGUCAGAAGACUCAACGUGCAGCGAGAGGGGGCUGACGCCCCGUGUCUUUGAGCAGUUGUUCUCUCGUAUCAAAGAAGAACAAGGAAAGCAUGAAGACAAAGAGCUAACUUACCAUUGCGUUUGUUCUUUUCUCGAGAUUUACAAUGAGCAGAUUACUGAUUUGCUAGACCCAUCACCUAAAAGUCUUCAGAUUAGAGAGGAUGUUAGAACUGCUUGUGUCUAUGUUGAAUCAUUGACAAAGGAGUUAGUUUUCACUACAAAGGAUGUAACGCAACUGUUGGUGAAGGGCCUCUCAAAUCGGAGGACCGGGGCAACAAGCGCAAAUGCAGACAGCUCACGCUCACAUUGCGUUUUUACAUGUGUCAUCAAGUCUGAAUCAAAGAAUCUGGAGGAUGGCUCAAACAGCACAAGAACAAGCCGGAUCAACUUAGUAGAUCUAGCUGGAUCAGAACGACAAAAGUUAACCCAUGCAUUUGGUGAUCGCCUAAAAGAAGCAGGAAAUAUAAACCGCUCACUUUCACAACUUGGAAAUUUGAUCAACAUAUUGGCAGAAAUAUCACAGUCUGGAAAACAAAGGCAUGUUCCAUAUCGAGAUUCAAAGCUGACAUUUCUAUUGCAAGAAUCACUGGGUGGCAAUGCCAAACUUGCAAUGAUUUGUGCUGUUUCGCCUUCUCAAAGCUGUAAGAGUGAAACAUUAAGCACUCUUAGAUUUGCUCAACGUGCAAAAUCUAUAAAAAACAAUGCUGUUGUCAAUGAACAAAAGGAAGAAGAUGUCAACAUGCUGCGUGAGCAAAUCAGGCAGUUAAAGGAUGAACUUCAUCGAAUGAAGUCUGGAGGUUCAGAUGGAAGCAACGGCAGUUUUUCCACUGGAUGGAAUGCUAGGCGUAGUCUGCAUCUACUCAAAAUGAGUUUGAGUCGUCCUACAACAUUCCAAACUAUCCAUGAAGAUAGUGGUGAUGUGGAAAUGGAAAUCGAUGAGAAUGAUGUUGAGAAGCCCUAUAAUCAAGACAAUAUGGUAAUAUCUCCUCCUGGAGAUAAAGAAUGUAAAGAAUUACAGGCUUCAUUGAAAAUUAAUGGUGGCACUUCCCUUGAUGUUUUUGAUGGGGAGAAUCUCAUGCCAACAAAAAGGUCAUGCUCUGAUGACAGAUAUAAGUUAAAUCUUGCUGCCAGUAUACAGAGAGGGCUUCAAGUCAUAGAAAAUCAUCAAAACAAUGGAGCUUGGAGGAGAGCAUCAGUUGGGUUCAAUGCUAGAAUUGUGGAUGUUCAGCCUUGCAAGGUUGAUGUAGCGAUCCAAACUGAGCCAGAAGAAUCUGAAGCAAGAGACAACCCUUUGGCUCUAAUUUCUUCUCAUGUACUUGGGACUUCUGCUACCGUGAGCAAUGAUCCCAAUGCAUGCAGGGAUCUGCAAUUAGUACAAUAUGAUGCAGGAAUAACACGUGAUGAACCAAAACAGCAACAAAUUCUGAAAGCUGUGGAGAAGGUCUUGGCUGGAGCAAUCAGGCGAGAGAUGGCACGUGAUGAACAGUGUGUAAAGCAAGCUGCUGAAAUCCAACAGCUAAAUCGUUUGGUACAACAAUACAAGCACGAACGCGAGUGCAAUGCAGUUAUCGCCCAAACACGAGAAGGCAAAAUUGCUAGGCUCGAAAGUCUGAUGGAUGGAACUUUACCAACAGAAGAAUUUAUCAAUGAGGAGUAUCUAUCUCUUAUGAAUGAGCACAAGAUACUCCAACAGAAAUAUGAAAACCAUCCUGAACUUCUACGUGCUGAAAUCGAGCUAAAGAGACUUCAGGAGGAACUGGAGCUGUGCCGGAAUUACAUUGAUGAGAAGGAAGUUCUACAAGAAGAGAUACAGGAUCUAAAAAGUCAUUUGCAUUUUAUGCUUUCAUCAUCAGCAUCGAUUCGCAGGCUCUGGCCUCCAGUGCAAUUGUCUCACGGCGUUGGUCCUUCACCUGUAACAAAUGAUGCUGAUGGUGAUAAUAAUGCUGUUGACACACCAGAUUGGGCUGAAGCUGAGAGUAAAUGGGUAACUCUCACAGAAGAACUUAGAGUUGAACUUGAAGCAAAUAAAUCUCUUGUAGGAAGGCUGCGGUCAGAAUUGGAGUCUGAAAAGAAGUGCUCAGAGGAAGUAAAGGAGGCAUUACAAACAGCAAUGCAAGGACAUGCUAGAAUCUUGGAACAGUAUGCUGAACUUGAGGAGAGACACAUUGGUUUGCUCGCAAUGCAUAGGAAGAUCCGUGAGGGUGUUGAAGAUGUGAAGGCGAGAGCUGCAAAAGCUGGUGUCAAGGGAGCUGAAUUGCGGUUCAUCAAUUCCCUUGCUGCCGAAAUGGCAGUUCUGAGAGCGGAAAACAAAGGCCUUCAGGACCAGCUAGGGGAUACUGCUGAAGCUGUUCAAGCAGCUGGUGAAUUACUUGUACGAUUGAAAGAGGCUGAGGAAGCAGAAGCACUUGCCCAGAGGCGAGCAUUGUUGGCAGAGCAGGAGACGGAGAAAGCGUACCAGGAGAUUGAUAACUUGAAAAAGAACUACGACCAGGAAAUCGUUGCCCUAAACCAGCGCCUCUCGGAAUCAUCUCAUCAUCAAGAAACUACUCUGGCCAUUGAAGCUUGCGACAUGGAGACUACAAAGUAUGAUACGGCUGGGAGCCCCGGUGACCAGCAAUGGCGGGAGGAGUUCAACCAGCAGGGCGGGUCGUUUGAGGUCUCCAAGAGCACUGAUCUCAACUCGUGGUUUUCCGGGUACGACAAAUGUAACAUCUGAUGAUGAUUUGCACACUUUUGUUCAGUUCUUUGUACCUUUGUAUUGCUAGCAUUGCAUGUUGUACCACCAGCUGGUGAGCACAAGAGAGGAAGAAGAGAGUUAAUCCUGAAGAUGUGUGUACUACCUCUUCACUGUCUUGUGAGGAGGGCGCGGCAAGAUUCUUCGGAUUCUCCCCCCCAAAAAAAGAGGUUGUAUUGAUCUGUCUUGUAAAUUCAGAUGGACACUUUACAUAUGACAAGAGCAACAACGAUGUUCAUGUUCAUGUGAUUUAUCAUGACUCUACAAUUUGUCAGUAA